CUGGCUAUGCAAGUGCCAUUGCUAUAGGGCCCAGAGGCUUAGGGACUCAGGUCCCAUUGCCAGGCCUAAAUGGGGUGACAUUCCAUGCUCGGUGACUGAUGUGUGUAGUGGAUGUUAUAAUGGUGUGGGCAGGCCUGUAAGGUGUGUGUCCUGGAAGGCUGGAGAAGCACCACCAGGCCCCUACCCCCAAAGUUUACUUUGGUGCUUGGCAAUUCCUGAGCCCUUUACAACAUUCAGACAUGUGACACUGCGGUAAAAUAACCUUGCCCCAAUCUGCAAAGCUCCGCCAAUUUUGGGCAAAUAUUGCCCCUCGGUUAUUUGGGUUGGGGCAGGUGGGGGUAUGCCAUUUUGCCCCUGUUAUGUCUAAACACAGUCUAACACUUUUGUCAUACAAAUAUUUGCCUGUAUAGUUGCUGCUAAUGUCUGUGCUAUGACAUCAUAAUGGUCCUGUGUGCUAUGACACAGCUAUGACAUAAUAAUGGUCCUACACCAUGAGUAAUAAGCCAGGGCAGCACACUAGGGGUUAUUCUGUUGCCUGACCUCGGUUGAGUAGCACGCGUUUGUCGCAGCUCCUGAAGUUCGAUAGGUUGCAGAUUUAGAAGCAUUAGCCAUGAGUGGCUGGUUUGCGUCUAAGAUCCGUUGGCCGUUCCCAUGGAGAAGGGUCUCCCAAUAUAACCUGGGUCCCACCGUGCUGGCCACUAUGGUAAAGGGGAGUAGAAAGAUCGGGAUGACGGUGAUCGAAAAUAAAGAUCACUUCCUGGAGAUAACGUCCUUAGAACAACAUGGACAAAUCGCCAAGAGUGGACUACAGAUAGGAGACGAAUUAUUAAAGAUCAAUAAGCAGAAUGUGGUGGGAUGGAGCGUCCUAGAUUUUCAGUAUCAUGAAAGUAACAUCAAGCUGGGGAAAAAACUAAAGAUCUUAGUGUAUCGUGGUCGCCAAAAGGGUUCGGAUCCAGCAGCAGGCGCUUCAUCAGAGGAAGUGUUGGAAGGGGAUUCCGCAUCUUCUUCAGCGCCAGAGACAGAAUUUGCAUUUGUCCAUGAAUACUUCAUAGGACAGGCAACACCGGAUCCUCAUAGUGACACGUCUGACAGCACCCACCCAGAUUGUGACGCAAUCAUAUCCCCACGUAAUGAUGAAGUCUCCCACUCAGAUAGUGACGCAGGUUCCAACGCAGAUAGUGGUGUAAUCCCACCCAGAGCCAGGAGAGAUAAUCCGGACAAGGAAAUGAAUUUCGUCAGCAGGUUUGGCAAUUUUGUGGAAGAAGCCCUCCGAGAGUGGGAUGAAUGCACACAGGAUUGCUGCUGCGCGUUAGGAGCCCUUGGUCUGUUUUGCCUUUUGUAAAGGUGAAUGUGAUGGCUCCUGGCACCCUGCCCGUUACUUACAUCUCCACUACAGCUGCAGAGCCUCUUAAUGCCCAGAGGGAAGGGCAGUCCUUCCAGCCAUGGUUCCCCAGAGGUUUCCCCCACCGGGGGUUUUUCCUCUCCUGAGUGCUGAAGGAUGAUUUAAAUUACCAUCAGUUCUAAAUAAAAGCUCUGAUCCCUUUCUCCCCUACA